CAGGUUCAGGGCGGGGCCGGUGGGUGAGUCAGCCAGCGGCUCCCUGAUCCAGCCUGGGAGGGGACCGAAUUGGAGGAGCUGGGUGUUGGGUGCACUGGGCUGGUGGGGAAGCCGAAUCUGGGGCAAGUGGUCUGAUCAGGAUUGUGUUGCACUGAAGGGACAGCCCUAGGUCUGGGGGAGAGGAUCCCUGACUGUGAGACCCGCCUUCCCUGGCCCCGAAAGCCCCUCCCAGUUCCCCAAGCGACGGCCACUUCCUGGUCCCCGACGCAACCAUGGCUGAAGAACAACCACAGGUCGAAUUGUUCGUGAAGGCUGGCAGUGAUGGGGCCAAGAUUGGGAACUGCCCCUUCUCCCAGAGACUGUUCAUGGUGCUCUGGCUCAAGGGAGUCACCUUCAACGUCACCACUGUUGACACCAAGAGGCGGACCGAGACAGUACAGAAACUGUGCCCAGGAGGGCAGCUCCCAUUCCUGCUGUAUGGCACUGAAGUGCAUACAGACACCAACAAGAUUGAGGAAUUUCUGGAGGCAGUGCUGUGCCCUCCCAGGUACCCCAAGCUGGCAGCUCUGAAUCCUGAGUCCAACACAGCUGGACUAGACAUAUUUGCUAAAUUUUCUGCCUAUAUCAAGAAUUCAAACCCAGCACUUAAUGAUAAUCUGGAGAAGGGGCUCCUGAAAGCCCUGAAGGUUUUAGACAAUUACUUGACAUCCCCCCUCCCAGAAGAAGUAGAUGAAACCAGUGCUGAAGAUGAGGGCAUCUCUCAGAGGAAAUUUCUGGAUGGCAAUGAGCUCACCCUGGCUGACUGCAACCUUUUGCCAAAGCUGCACAUAGUACAGGUGUGUGGUGGUGUGUAAGAAGUACCGAGGAUUCACCAUCCCUGAGGCCUUCCGGGGAGUGCAUCGGUACUUGAGAAAUGCCUAUGCUAGGGAAGAAUUCGCCUCCACCUGUCCAGAUGAUGAGGAGAUCGAGCUGGCCUAUGAGCAAGUGGCCAAGGCCCUCAAAUAAUCCCCUUCUGGGGCUUCCUCAACCCCCUCCAUUUUCUCCACAAAGGCCCUGGUGGUUUCCACAUUGCUACCCAAUGGACACACUCCAAAAUAACCAGUGGGCAGGGAAUCCUGGAGCACUCAUGUGCAGGGCUGGAGGAGGGAAGGAGAGAUGAGGGAAAGAGAUGGGGGACCUGGGAUUUUUUACUGUGGGGCACGUGGGUAGGACAGCGUUAUUUCAGUAAUAAAAUACAGCAUAAAAAUC